AUGAACGCCAACUCGCUGAGUGCCAUCCCUCCAGAGAUCGGCCACAUGACCGCCCUCACCCACCUCUCGGCUGGUUCCAACAAUAUCGCCUCCCUUCCGCCCGAGAUUGGGAAUUUGAAGAACUUGACCUCUCUGAUGCUGUUCUACACCCAGCUGCAAACAUUGCCCAACGAGUUCUGCGCGCUGUUCAGCCUCAAGACGCUCCAUCUGGGUGCCAAUGAGAUCACGCGACUCCCGGAUGCUUUUGGCGACCUGACGAGUCUGGAGGCGCUCUGUCUAAACGACAACCAGCUCGAGGCUCUUCCCUCGUCGAUCGGCAAGUUGCACCAGCUGCGGGCACGUCCCACCACCAACGGAAAGCUGCGUGUCUUCUCGCUCGCCACUUCCGUGCGAGACGAGUUCCCGCCGGGCUUCUGGACUCUCACCCAGCUGCAGACGCUCGAUCUGGCCACCGCCCACAUUGACCACCUUCCUGACGAAAUCGGCCAGCUGAGGGGCCUGACUAGCCUCGACUUGGAGCCCAACGAUCUGCAAUCCCUGCCGGACAGCCUUUGCUGCCUGACCGACCUCAAGAGACUCGCCCUGGCCCACAACUUACUCACCGAGUUACCUUCAGAGAUCGGGAAGCUGAGCAACCUAACAUUCCUUUCGGUGGACAACAACCGACUCCUGUCUCUUCCGGCCUCGGUGGCCAACCUACACAAGCUCAAGGCCCUCUGCCUCGCCGCCAACGACGGCCUCGGCCCCAGCCUCGCCAACCUGGGCCUACCAUCGUGCGCAGACCAACCACAGCAGCAGCCGCCGCCGCCGACACAACAACGCCAGCUCUUCCCCGAGCUGUGCGUACUGAGCCUGGAGCGCACCGGGCUGGCCUCGCUUCCGCCCUUCGUGUGCCAGGUGGCCUCGUUGACCGCCCUCUCCCUCGGGCUGCAACGGCUCAAGACACUCGAUCUCGGCUCGAACCUCUUUGCGGGUGUAUUGCCCACCGCUGUCCUGGGCCUCGCCCAACUGAUUGAACUCAGUGUCGACCACAACGCGCUGAGCGAGCUGCCCGACGAGCUCGGCAGUCGGCUGUCGCGCUUGCGUAGCGUCAACUUGAGCGGCAACCACUUCGGCGAGGUGCCGCGGCAGAUCAUGGACAUGCCGGCGCUCGAGCGGGUGGACCUCUCGGCCAACUUCAUCGUCGGCAUCGACGACGACGCCCGGGAGGCCCUCCUCCGCAUGCCGCUCCUCAGGGAGCUCGACGUGAGCGAGAACCCGGUGGCCGAGCAGCCGCUGCCCGCCGCGCUGCAGGACCUCCUCACCACCACCAGACAAGACCAAGAUCCAUAA